GACCCCGCCCACUCCUCUGUGGAGACCGCGGAUUUUUGAAUAAUAACGACUGGGUUGGUUCAGUAGCGUAAACAAGUAGGAUCUUCUGCUGCUCAUGUACACAUAUUGUGAACAUCAUGAAGUCCAUUACUGAUCCAAACAUGAGUGCCGGCUUCACCAGUGCCAUGGAGGAAAUCUUCAACGAACACCUGAAGACGUGCGGGGAGAUCACCGACCAGACGACAGAGCUGUGUCAGUCCCACAGAGAGUUUGUGAAGUGUGCAGUAGAUACGUGUUUAAAGAAGAGUAAGGAUGAUGAUAUGCUGUUUGAGACAAUAGAAACAUUCAAAAGAGACUUGGUACAAACAAGUGCAUCAUUAAAAGCGAAAAGGCAUGCCGUUUCUGAAAUGAUAUCCGAGAUUGAGCACAAGGAAAUGCAGAAAGAAGACAUCAUCCAGAAGAUAGAGACACUUAAAGAAGAACAAUCCAAGAGAAAAGAGUUAAUUCUGUCUCAACACAAGACAAACAAAGACAGACUGAAGUAUCUCAAGAAAGCCAGAGGGGUCUUUCAAGAUAAUUUGGCGAUGGAGAUACGAACAAUCUCUGGCAAAACACAACUGGUUAAAGGUGAAAAGCUGCAGUUUAUUUUCCGGAAUAUCAACCCUUCAGAUCUGAACAGCGCUUACAUUGUCACAUUGGGCCUCAAUAAAGACGGAUCAUACCAGGAUGUGUCCAGUGAUCCCGUGCUCGGGUGUUUGCCAGUCCUGGAGAGCCAGCUUCAGAAGACCAAUAACUUACCAGCAUUUCUGGCUAGCGUCAGAAAGGAGUUUAUUUCUCAGGCACGCCGCUGAGAUUAGAAGGAUGGGAGAAAGAUAUAGCAUGCGAUGAGGACUAAUGCUGAUCAAAGCUUUCAGUCUGUAUCUACAGUACAGAUCUGCUAACAAGGCUUCAACUGCUUUGACAAAUAGGGUUUUAAUAUACAUUUCUGUGGGUAACAAUUCAAAUACUAUAUUAGAAAUAUCUGGACUUUUUAUUGCAUAACUACUGGGGUAAUGUGUCAUCACACAUGUCUUGUUUCAUCAUUGAGCAUGGACUUGUAAACAUUUUAGUGGAAACCUCUAUCUAAAUCUUAAAAAUUCAUCAUUCACGUAUUGGGUCAAAAGCUUUCAUUUGUUUCUUCCUUUCAUUAUUCAAUUUAAAGUAGAUGGGGAUGAUCAUAACUUUAAUAACUCUCCCUUGCUUCAUUUUUCCUUAAUCAUAUAUAUAACAUAUUUAUUAAACAUUCACUAUAGUUAAGUUAAUCUGUACACAAUGCGCAUAAAUAAUGGUGAAAAUGAUUAUUUAGGUGCUAAAUUCACAGAUGCAUACAGCAUUAUAAAAUAACUCCAGGGAGAGCAGAGACAACAAGUAUAAAGGAAUGUAUAGACAUUUUAAUGAAUGCUUUAUUUGUUAGUAAACAUUUGAGUAUAUACAGUAGUAUAGUGCUGUACAAUGAACAUAAUCAGUCAGAACAAACACAACUUGUAGUUUUAGUUGGUACGAGUCUUUCAGUUGUUGCCAUUGCAUUUUCAUCAGUGCAGAAGUGAAUCUCUUUGAUUCAGGGUGUUUUUGAAUAGGAGUUGUGUCAGGCAUCCGAUGACUUGAUGCUGCUUAACACAGGCAGCUCCUCCACAUACGUUGAAGGGAAAUGACCUGUCUUCCCAUCAAGUUUGCCAAACCACCAACCAUUCUCUUCCUUUCCACAAAUGUCUAGAAGAUCUCCUGUGACCAAAAACAUUUUACAAGAUUAUAAACCUCUACUGUUUUUGGAUUUUUUUCUGCACUUACGUUGUUACUUACCCUCCUUCAGAGUCAAUUCAUCAUCCU